AGAUGCGAAACUCCCAAACUCCGAGUUUUUGUGUCGGGGUCUUUUUGUGAGGUUUACCUCUGACGUCACGGCCCCGCCCACUCGAGCUCCGGUUUGAUCACUGCGCGCUGCUGACAGUCGCCGCGAACUCGUGCUCGGCCGCGAUUUAACGGCUUUAAGCGGCGGCGGGCUGUCGUUUCUCGGCUACCGGAGGGUUAUGACUCUAAACAUGUUCACCUAACCCAUCCUGAGCGGUGGCGAUGCCCGCACGAGCUCGUGAGGCGGCCGAUUGUCAUUUCGAUUUAGCUGGCGUUCGCUUAGCCGCCACAGGCUAAUUAAUUAACCCUUGCUGUGAGGUAAAUAUUGACUCCAAAUCACCGGAGACGCAACAAAAACGCCACAGAACGCCGAGCUUCAGCGAGGACCAGCGCUGUUUCGUCGUGUUGGCUGAACGUGAGGGAUUAACGGCAGGUGGAGCUGUGACGGUUGUGUGGAUAAGAUCGUUGUACAGGACGCAGGGAAACUGAGAAGACGCUCGUUCACCAUGACGUCCCCCUCGCCCUCAUCUCAACCAUAGGAACACACACACACUCACACACACACGCAGAAGAACAUCACACUACAGCCCAGGGUUUGUGAGGUGUGUGCUUUGAGGGAUCAUGUCUGUGGUCUUCACACCCGACGGGAUGAAGGAGGGCGACGGCUCUCUGUCCACCGAUGCUUCUGUGGGCAACCGUGGGAAAAGCAGCCCGACGGCUCCCGCGAAAGACGCCAACUCCGACUGCACAGAACCUGAUGACAACCUCUCCCAGGACGCACAGCGGCGCUGUCAGAAUCACGGCCACACUAGGAAACGAGCAAAGUCGAAUGCAAAGCUCAAGUUGGUGAGGAGUCUUGCAGUGUGUGAAGAAUCAUCAGGACCGUUUUUGACCGAUGGUCCUCCAGAGUCACAGGACAUCAUUCAGCUACACAUCAGCUGUCCAUCCGAUAAAGAGGAGGAGAAAUCCUCGAAAGACGAGUAUGAGAAUGAGGAGAGGGAAAAGAAGGAUAAAACUCCACGCAAGAUGCUUUCGCGCGACUCCAGUCAGGAAUACACUGAUUCCACAGGGAUAGAUGUACAUGAGUUCCUGGUGAACACACUGAAAAACAACCCCAGAGACAGAAUGAUGCUGCUGAAGCUGGAACAGGAUAUCCUGGAGUUCAUUAAUGAUGAGAAUAACCAGUAUAAGAAGUUUCCUCAAAUGACCUCAUAUCAUCGCAUGCUGCUGCAUCGAGUCGCUGCCUACUUUGGCAUGGAUCACAACGUGGACCAAACAGGCAAAGCGGUCAUCAUCAACAAGACCAGCAACACACGCAUCCCCGAGCAGAGGUUCUCUGAGCACAUUAAAGAUGAGCGCAGCAUGGACUUCCAGAAAAAGUUCAUCCUGAAGCGAGACGAUGCCAGCAUGGAUAAAGAUGAUAAUCAGAUCCGGGUCCCGCUGCAGGACGGCCGGCGCAGUAAGUCCAUCGAGGAGCGAGAGGAGGAGUACCAGCGCGUCAGAGAUCGCAUCUUUGCACGAGAAUCCUCACAGAAUGGAUACAUCAAUGAUAACAGACUGUCCACUGACGGCUACUCCUCGUCCUCCCAAAAGCGGAGGCAGAUUUUUAGGGGUAACAGGGAAAGCUCCAGCCGGGCGUCCAGCAGUCGUCAGAGCAGCACUGACAGUGAGAUGAAGAGCCUGGAGCCGCGUCCGUGGAGCAGCACAGACUCGGACAGCUCCAGCCGAACGCUCAGACCUCCGGUCACCAAAGCCAGCAGCUUCAGUGGCAUCUCCAUCCUCACACGAGGAGACAGUCUGGGCAGCAAGGGGUCGCAGGGCAGCGCCAGGGGCUCCCGCACAGGUCUUCCCACAGUCACUCCAGAUGUUUGUGCGCUCUCUCAGCCGCCCCAGCAGAGAUGUGGGCUCCUGCCGUGUCCCCCGAACUGUCCCUCUGGAGCCCCUCAGACCCCGAGCCAACAAGCCCCCCCGCCGCUGCUGCCGACCCCGACACACGCACACACACACACUCACACACACACACAGCACGCCAUCAGCGCACACAAUCACAUGCUGCCUCAGUCGGUGGCGUCUGCGCAGGCUGUGUCUUACUCAAACCCUUCGUGUCCUCAGGUCCUCCUGCCUGUUUCUCCUUCCCAGCAGUACAACCUGGGAGAUGAGUUGACUCCAGGUUUCGGGCAGAUGUCUCUAAGCCGUCAGGGCUCCAGCGAGGCACCAGAGCCGCCCAGUUUAUACCAGCCUCCACCCGCCGUACUAUCCCAGCAUCCUCCACCUCAGCCCAGCUACAUCAUGCCCCCGCCGCCCUCUGGAUACCAGCCUGCAGCUCCACACCCACAUCCUCCUCCGCCUCCGCCUCCACCAACACAAGCCAUCCUACAGACCGCUCCACCCACACAGGGAUACAUGCAGCCUCCGCCUCCACCACAGCAGAUCCAGGUUCAGUAUUACUCCACCGGAGGACAGUAUCCGAAUUCAGGCCAGCAGUACCGCGCCAUCUCUCACCAGGUCUCGUAUCCCACACAGCGCUCUCAGCCGCUGCCGCCACCGCCGCAGCCCUCCGCUCCUCUCCAGCCCAUGAUGACCAAUCAGCAGCCAGCGUACCAGGGCAUGAUGGGAGUCCAGCAGCCUCAGAGCGCCAGUAUGAUGAACACGCAACGCACGGCCAUGAACGGACAGAUGCAGGGCAUGAUGGUCCAGUACCCACCCAUGCCCUCAUAUCAGGUGCCUGUAGCCAAUGAGAGUCAGUCUGUGGUGCAGCAGCAGUACCAGCAGCCCGUCAUGGUUUCGGCCAGUCAGUCUGUACAGGGAGCCAUGCCGACCGCGGCACCCAUGCCCGUCUACUACAGCGUGCUGACGCCCACACAACAGAACAGCACGAGCCCAUCUGUGGGUUACCUGCAGCCGCCCAGUUCAGAUCAGUACCAGAUGACCCAGUCUGCCUCCCCCUGCAGCCCACAGCCAAUGCAGCAGCAGUAUUCAGGGGUUCCUCCUCCUGGUGCUGGUGUGAUGGUGAUGCAGCUCAGUGUCCCGAACGGACCGCAGCCGACCCAGAAUCCUCCGCUGGUGCAGUGGAACCCCUGCAAGUACUACAGCAUGGAGCAGAGACCCAGCAAACCUGAGCCGCAGGUCAGCAGUCCUCUGGCGUCUCCCACACAGUCUCCGGCUCCUUCUCCAUCUGGCAGCGUGAGCACCAUGUGUCCGGGUCUCGGCCCGCUGCCUCUCAUCUCACCGUUCCCUCGGCCCGGCGGACCAGCACAAGCAGAUGGACGUUACUCUUUACUGGGGCAGCCGCUGCAGUACAGUCUGUGUCCUCCUCCCAUCAUGCACAACCACAACCAGUCCUACAGCUCCCAUCAGAGUCAGGGAGUGAUGAAGCACGGAGCGCGGGGGAAAAGACAAACUCUCAAAUCUGCCUCCACAGACCUCGGGACCACUGACGUGGUGGUGAGUCGUGUGCUGGAGGUCACAGAUCUCCCCGAGGGCAUCUCCCGUCUGGAGGCCGAGAAGCUCUUCAACCAGCUCUCGCUCUGCGGUGCUAAGAUCCAGUGGCUGAAGGACCCUCAGUGUCCCCGGGGCCCCGGCGGGGGACGAGGAGACCCCAGGGACCCCGCUCACCUCUACACCGUGGUGGCCGUGUUCCCCAACACCAUGGCGGCUCAGAGCGCCUCCUUCAAGCUCAACAACAGCGGUUUGUUCAAACUGCGCGCCACCAAAAAGAACUACGACUUGCGCGUGCUGGAGCGAGCGAGCUCGCAGUGAGUCAGGAGAGAGAGAGAGAGAGAGAUGUCCAAGGGAAGAGAUCAUCCUGGUGUUCCUUAGGGAUCUUUUUAUCGUUUUGUAUCAUUGACAGAAGAGCACAUGUGACACAGUCUUAAAGGGACAGUAACGUUUCAGUAACUCACGUUCAUGUCGUUCCAAACCCGUGUGACUUUCUUUCUUCUGCGGAACCGAGAAACAGAUAUUUAACCUUUUUUGUUCAUUUCCAGCUGUUUUAUGAUUUUGUGUUCUGCGCUUCAUACAGACAUGAGGGUAACAUCACACUUUUUUGCCCAAUUCUGUCAUUUAUUUGCUCCCAUUCAUGUUUUCCAAACUUACAUGAUUCAUUCUCUCUGAAACAUUAAAGAAGAACGUUUUGGUUUUCAUUGACUUCCAUUCUGUGGAGAUACAGUGGAAGUCAAUGGGAACCUUUGGUGGGUGUUCUUUAUAUCCUGCUUCUGCAACAGAAGGAAACGUUUACGGGUGUGUAAUGACAUCAGUGUGAGUGAAUCAUGGAUUUUUAAUUUUUGGGAUGAACUGAAAUGACGAUCAUGUCUUCUUUAGCGCACAUUCAUAUCGUUUAAUUUCUUCCCUGGAGCAGAAGAUGUUUUGAAGGAUGUCGGCAAUCAAACCAGUUCCCAUUGGAAAUGUGGAAAUACAGUGGAAGUCAACGGCAGCCAGAAAUGUCUGCCAGCGUUUCUCACAUCAAUGCUGCUUUAGAAGAAAGAAAUGCAUAUAGGUAUAAAGACAACGUUUGUUUUUGGGGUGAACUAUUCCUUAAAAGCAUAGUUCUUAUCUUCAUUUAUUCGCCUUCAUGUCAUUCCAAACCUGUCUGAUCUUAUUUAAGCAGAGCACAAACGGAGUCUCAAGGUACUUUAUUCUCACGUGUGGAGCUGGACAAAUAAAGCUCAAAUGUUCUUCCCAAGCAGAAGAAAUGAAGUCCAGCAGGUUUGGAGAUACAUGAACGUGCUCCUGUUUCCUCCAUCAGCCUCCGUCUCUCUCUCUCUCUCUCAUUUGUUCACUUUGGAUUUCUUCCUCUUUCACUUUCUAGCGUUUCUUGCUUUCUGUUUUGCCUUAACGCUGUUGUGGACUUCUGUAUCGCGCUGUUUCUCUCUCUCUCUCUCUCAGAUGAAUCUUCUGUUCUCGGUUCAGUAUAUUUAUAUAAGUGAUGUAAGGAUUAUAAGAAAUAAUCUAUAUAUUCAGUGAUUCUUUUCCCGUGGAUUAGUUGAAGCUCCUUCUUCUCCUCCUCGUUGUGUUUUUCUGUUGAGCGCUGUGCAGAAAGUAUCUGAGGUAUUUAAAAGUGCACAAUGAUUGCGAAUGUCUACUGUAAAUUCCAUUUAAUCUCUGAUUUUCUGUUUGUUUUUAAGAAUAUAAAAGAGAACUCAAAGACUCCU